AUGGGAAAGUACGCGGGGAAAAGCCAGGUAUUGGUAAAGCCAAAGACCACGAAAGAGCUGAGUACAGUCGUCACAUGGUGUCACGACCGGAACGUUGCCAUAGUACCCCAGGGAGGAAACACUGGUCUUGUUGGCGGGUCGACUCCGAUACAUGACGAGCUGAUACUCUGUCUCUCCAACCUGAACGCUGUUCGCUCCUUCGACCCCGUCAGUGGAAUCCUUACAGCAGAAGCCGGCAUCAUACUCGAACAAGCCGACUCUUUCCUUGCCUCUAAAGGUUUCAUCUUUCCUCUCGACUUGGGCGCAAAAGGGUCUUGUCAGAUAGGAGGCAACGUGGCCACCAAUGCAGGAGGAUUGAGGCUGUUGAGAUAUGGAAGUCUGAGGGGAAGCGUGCUUGGGUUAGAGGUGGUUCUUCCAGAUGGGAGAAUAUGGAACGGACUUAGCGGUCUACGGAAAGACAAUACUGCAGGGUAUGAUCUCAAACAGCUAUUCAUUGGCUCAGAGGGAUCAAUAGGUAUCAUCACCGCCAUCUCCAUAUUAUGCCCUCGACGACCUACGUCUACGAAUGUGGCAUUAUUCUCAGUCCCCUCCUACGCCGCUUGCCUCAAGGUCUUUUCACAAACUAAAGCGCACUUGGGGGAGAUCCUCUCUGCUUUCGAAAUGUUUGAUGCCACUUCGUAUGAAGCGGUGAAAAAGCAUGGAGGGGGUGGGACAGGGAGAAAAGUGUUUGGAGAUGAAAGCGAGGGGCCGUUCUACUGCCUUGUGGAGACAGGAGGUAGCAACGCCGAGCACGAUUCCGAGAAAUUAUCUUCCCUAUUCGAAACUCUCCUAUCAGACUCCCUGAUACUCGACGGCGUUCUAGCUCAAGACGCCUCACAAGCCCACAACCUCUGGCAGAUACGCGAAGAGUGCCCAUCCGCGUUGAGUGCAGCGGGCAAAGCGUACAAGUACGACUUGUCCGUGCCCGUCGAGAAGAUGUAUGAAGUCGUUGAGCGCAUGAAAGAAAGGAUGGAAUCGCUGGCAUGGGUAGGAGGAAAGGUCAGGGAUGUUGCCGGGUUUGGCCAUAUGGGAGAUGGCAACUUGCAUCUGAAUGUUGUAGCCACCGAGUUCAGCGAGGAGGUGCAAAGUGCAAUAGAACCUUUUGUCUACCAGUUGACUGCGGAAUACAACGGGUCCAUCUCGGCUGAGCAUGGGCUGGGAGCGAUGAAGGCUCCUUACAUUUCAUACUCCCAGUCACCCGCCUCGAUCGAGUUGAUGAAGAGGCUCAAAAAGACAUUCGAUCCGAAGGGCAUCAUGAAUCCCUACAAAUUUAUCCUAUAA